AUGGAGAUGGGCGAAUACGACAAGUGCUUUGAGGAGUGCAACAAAGCGCUGGAGAGGCGGUAUGAGGUGAAGGCAGACUAUGACGUGGUGGCAAAGGCGGACCCCGAAAUUCAGCAGAUUUUGAGGGACCCCCAGAUGAGCAUAGUGCUGCAGAACGCACAGGAGAACCCAGCCAUGCUCAAGGAGUACCUGCAAGACCCAAAGAUUCGCGAUGGAAUAAAUAAACUGAUAACUGCUGGCAUCCUGAGAGUAGCGUGA